GUUUUAAAUCAUUUCACCCGAGGACUGCGAUAUGGCAGGUAAAUUAUUUCUUUCACCACUACUUAACCUCGCAAUCCUAGUACAAAUCGCACUAGGGUCGGAACCAUGGCAAGAAUUUAUGGAAGAUUUGAGACAGGAUGUCAACAGCAUACUUCAGGAAGAUGUUUGUUUCCCUCAGCCAAAAGUGGUGUGUGACGAAGAGAACAUCGACUUUCACAACGUCCGCCAAUCCGUGUUCGCCAACCUCCACAAACAGUCGUCCACGUCAAGGGAGUCCAUCCGGCGAUGGGGCGUCCUACGGGAGUUCUCACAGCAGCUCUGUGACAUGAACACGUUCAGCCUCGCCACGCCUGAGAGCUUCCCCCAGUCGCCUUACAAGGACCACUUCAACCACAUCGUCUGCAACAGAAAAGAGGGCCCAAACUGUGACUGGGCGAGGUCGGCACGGUACCGUACGGCCGACGGGGUCUGUAAUAACCUGAUCAACUCACGAUGGGGGGCCUCCAACACCGUCCAAAGAAGGAUGUCCCCGCCCCAGUAUCAAGACGAGCACUCGAUGCCCCGAGGAUGGGGACGGAACCCCGCUAUGCCUACCCCACGAGAUGUCAGUGAGCGCCUGUUUUCUGCCGCCGGGGGAAACGAGACGCCGAACGACGAUCAGAACUCGCUCUUUUUGUGGAGCUUCGGUCAAUUCCUGGACCACGACCUAACUUUCACCCCAACUAUGGAUGAAGAUGGUAGAAUCCCACAAUGCUGCGCUGAUUCACAUAAAAGUAACAUCAGUUCAGGGUGUUUCCCACUGGUUCGUCAAGUGGGUGGGGAUGAGGAGUGUAUGCCCUUCGUGAGAUCCGCUCCCGCAGAAGAACCAGUCCGUCCAGAGUCCUGUGGGAAAGAUUUCAGGGAGCAGAUUAACGAGCUGACGUCAUUCAUAGACCUUGGCAACGUGUAUGGCAACAGUUACCUUGUAUCCAAGGCGAUGGAGGCCGGGGUAUAUGGACUGAUGACGACUUCAAACGAAGGCAGGUCACUGCCUAGGGGCAAUCCUAAAGACUGUAAAAACGGGAAUGAGACAGAGUCGUAUUGUCAGCUAGCAGGCGACAGAAGAGCCAAUGAGGUACCCACACUAGGAUUCAUGCACACUAUCUUUCUUCGGUUCCAUAACUUGGUGGCAAAAAAACUCAAACUUCUGAAUCCACACUGGACGUCCAACAAGAUCUACCUGGAAACGAGGCGAAUACUAGGGGCGAUAACCCAACAUAUCACGUACAACGACUGGCUCCCAAGAGUUAUCGGACAUUCUAAUAUGUUGUAUUAUGGACUAUAUUCCACUACUCCUGGUCAAGAGACCCGCUAUGUGUAUUAUGACACGGCUGACCCCAGCAUGCUAAACGAGUUCACCACAGCAGCAUUCCGUUUUGCACAUUCGGCGAUUCCUGCCCAGUUGAUAGUGAACGACAUCAAGUAUAAGAUAGAUGACAUCUUGUUGGACACCAGCCUUAUUGUGGCGAACGACGGCAAGGAUCUGAAAUCUGUGGCGAAGAUGCUCAUGUCAACGCCUUCUAAACGUAUAGACAGAGAUUUUGAAGAGGCAAUUCGAGAAAGACUUUUUAAAAGCGAUGGGAGAGGCCUAGAUUUGCCCGCACUUAACAUUCAAAGAGGCAGAGACCAUGGCUUGGCCCCUUACACCAAAUACAAACACAUCUGCCAGCAACCAUUUGUGGGCCUCCCAGACCAUGACGAAGAUUCCAGAAGAAUACUGAUGGAUCUCUACCAUGGCAACAUCAAUGACAUCGACCUGUUUGCCGCCGGAAUAUCCGAAAGGAGCGUCUCGGACGGGAUCGUAGGGCCACUGUUUGGCUGUAUCAUCGCCAGUCAGUUCCAGCUGUUGAAGUACGGGGACAGGUACUGGUACGAAAACACCCGAUCUCAUCCGAAUAUCAGGUUUUCUCCAGAGCAAAUCCUGGCUAUAAAGUCCAUGUCCUUCGGUAAGAUACUGUGUGACGUGUUCUCUGACGAUUAUGACCCUAUGACUGAAAUUCCACAGAAUAUCUUCCAACUGAAUCAGGACUCUUCAAUGAACUGCGCCGAUCCAGAGUCGGGAUCCAGAAUGAACCUAGAGUCGUGGAGAGAGGACGGCGGUGUAAAUUGAAUAAAGAAUAAACUAUUUGUUUCUUU